AUGACUGAGGCUGAUUACAAUAAGAUUACAUCUUUUGCAAUUUAUCCACCUCUUGGAGCAGAAAUUUGUGGUGUAUAUGUUGGAAAGGGAAAUACCAAAUUUGAAUUUAAGGAUUCGCAACGUCGUGUAAGACCACAUUCUGUGAGGUAUCGAAUAUAUGGCUUUGACGAAAAAGGUGAAGUCGUGCGGGAGAUCAAACUUGCUGAUCGCAUUAAAGGUACUUUGGAUAUAUCUAUUACCUGGACCGUUGAACUUGCUAAUAAGAAAUCAAGUCACGCAGAAUUCGUCGGUAUAGAGCAUUUUCGUGCAGAUAUUCUGAGAAAUAAAAAUUGGGAGGGAGAUAGGAAAGAAUUGGAAGCAAUUGAUAAGAAGAGUUUAAGCUCUGAUGGUUUUGAAGAUCUUGAAGAUGGUAAAAGAUUGGAAGAAUCAUUCAAGGCGAAUAUUUAUGGUGAUAAAGCAAAGUUAGAUUUAGGAAAAAUGAUAAUGGAAAAAGAAGGGAGCUCAUUAAUUAUUGGAGGAAAGGGGAAAUCUGGAAAAGUCGAAUGA